AUGAAGAUGAAGGCGAAGACGUUGCUGAGCCUUCUGCUUGGACUCUCGCUCUCGGUCGAGAAUCUUACCAAGGCUCAAGAUGUCCUUCCUGUACCCACUGGUGCGGGUUCUACUGGUGCCACUACUACUGGUACCACUACCACUACUGAUCACCGAGACAUGGUUGCUCUUGCUGAUGGAUCGGAAGACACCCUUUUGAGGGAUCCCGACUCGGACGCCGACGCCAUCUAUGAUACCGAUCUUGAACAAGGCCAAGGCCAAGCCCAAGGCCCACAUGAACUUGACGCUGCCAAGGCUACUCUCAGUGAUGAACAAGAGCUUGGCACGGCCUCUACGGCUGCUGCCUCUAGUACCGGAACGAACCCAGACGCAACUCUUACCCUUGGGCUUAAGAAAGACAUCAAUCCAGACAUGGAGUCGCAGGUCCACGAUGACGAUCAGACCUUCAACAGAACCAAACAAGAUCAAACCCAGCAUUGGAACAUGAUGCACGCCAAGAAUGAUCACGUCGCCAAGGUGGCAUCAGAGAAGGCGCCAUCCAUACUUUCCACCACCACCGACCGCAAAAUGCCACCCAACUCCAUGGAGCGUGACCAAAUCGUCAUGAUGGACGAUACCAAAACGGAUUCUUAUUCUGUUCCCCCCAUGCAAUCCAAAGAGGACACUGACCCCAAGAUCCCCCGUCACGUCGACGUCGAAACCAACACGGAAGCCGUCGAGCCGUCCGUGGCCGACCAACAAGAACAAGACGACCAACACAAAGGAGAAGAUUUGCACGUCUAUGGACCCAUCAACAAGACGGACGUCGGAUCCAGAUUGGAAGCCAUGCAGCUGAUGGCAUCUACAGACAAGGACAAGCAAGUGGAUGCAGACAGCGCCAAAGAAGAUGGUGUUGGAGAAGUUGACAAUGACCAAGCGGACACCAAAGCCGUCAGUGUCCAUCGACAUGGCCGAAGGUUGGAUCAUACCACCGACUGGUUGAUGGCAAACACACGCAUGUAUGGGCGUAGAGAGACAGCUAACCUUGCCGUUGGAUGGACUGCUGCCCAAAACUUUUGCAAGGAACAAGGCGGAUCUCUCGCAUCAAUCAGGGAAAUUUGCCCUCCAGAUGGAACCACCAAUAGGAGGCCUCUCUUUGGAAUACAGGCCGGCGGAGAUCAGUGGGCGCCAAUUUCCGAUCGGGAGAAUCAAUGGGUCAAUGUGGGAAGUGGCGGUGGACAUCCAACCUGCACAUUGCACGGAGGUGCGGCACCGGAGCUCACUGGCCAAGGCCAUCAUCACGGAUGGGGCAACUAUAUCGUAUGUAAUAAUUGGUACAAGUUUGGUGGGAGCACCCAGGUCAGGGACAUUGGCGCUGCUGAAGAUGGCACCCUCUGGGCGAUUGGAACGCAUGACCAUGGCAAUGGUUGCUAUUCCAUCCAUCGCAACACAGGUGGCGAUUCCUGGGUGGAAGUAGGAGGAUGUUCCCACAGAAUUUCAGUUGGGAGCAGCGCCUACAUUGUUAUUCUGAACUACGCUGGACAAAUCCACGCAUGGACUCCCAAUGGUUGGGUGUUUAUACACAGUCCUCCUGCUCGUGACAUUAGUAUCACCAAUGAUGGAACAAUUUGGAUGACAGAAUUGGUGGCUGGGUUAAACCAUGGCGAUGUGUUGCGCAAGCGCCCAUCAGAUAGUUCUUUUGUGAGGUUUGGCGGAGGUGGAGACCGAAUUUCUGCUUCGGGGUCCAACAAGGCGGCCCUGUGUAACGCAGAUUUCCUUUGGAGUCAUGGAGGCUCUCACUGGUAUACAACAGGACGCUGUGAUAAUGGCGAUGUCAGUAUCGCUGCUGAUGGAACCAUCUGGACAACAGGAACACCACAUGGCCAGGCAAAUCCGGGACUGAUCCGUAAAUCCACGAAAAUUUUGUCCCAUUCCACCAGUUGGGCGACCCCCAUUCCUGGUCAAACUGGCACGAACAUUGCAGCUGUCAGUGCCAACAAGGUCUAUCUGGUGGAUGCCAAUUUGAAUCUUUGGAGGUAUGAGAUCCCAGCCAGGAGAGAAGCAACCGGAAUCACUCGGGUGUUUGUUCCACCGGAUACCAACGAUGUGAAGAGCUAUGAUCAAGCACAAGACUUCUGUGAAUCACAGGGAGGAUCUCUUGCUUCUGUGGCUGAUAUCUGCCCCUUGGAUGGUUCUGCGCAACCCUACUUUGGAAUCCAGUCAGGAGAUCACUGGGCUCCAGCUUCUGAUUACCACAAUGCAUGGGUCCAAGUGGGAGUUCAUUCUUCAGCUUCAACGUGUGCGUCCCACAGAGAUUCUCACAAUGGAGUGGACCCUGAUUGGGGUCUUGAUGGGACUAUGAAACAAAGUUAUGAGUCCAACUACAUCGUCUGUAACAUGCGAACAGCCAUCUAUGGACCCAGUUACACCACCAACGUCAAGUCUUAUGACCAAGCGAAUGCCUUUUGCAAUGCCAAAGGAGGAACUCUUGCUUCCAGAUCGGACAUCUGCCCCCUCAACUCUGUAGUACCCUAUUUUGGUACUCAGCUGGGAGAUCAGUGGACGCCAGUUGCUGAUUACAACAACUCCUGGAUCCAGGUGGGAGAACAACCUUCAGGUGUUCCCACCUGCAGCUACCACCGGGAAACUCAUGGGGGAGUGGAUCCCAAUUGGGGGGUUGAUGGAAAUCACAAGCAGCCCUUUGAGGCCAAUUUUGUCAUUUGUGCCUCAAACAGAGUCCUCUUUGGCCGCAACAAGAAUGUUACUGUCAGCACCUACGACUUGGCACAAGCUUUCUGCAAGGCAAAAGGAGGAUCUCUUGCUUCCAGUAUUGAUGUCUGCCCAUCAGGAGCACAUAGCCUACCAUAUUUUGGAAUUCCGGUUGGGGAUCAAUGGACCCCUGUCUCUGACCGCCAUAAUGAGUGGAUCCAGGUGGGUACGCAGCCUGAUGGCUUGCCCACGUGCGGAACUUAUUCGAACCCCGGUUGGGGUUUGACUGGAUCAUGGGCUCCUGCUGCGAACUACCUUGUUUGCUCCAGCCGUUGGCUCAAGUUCAAUGGAUUGAAAGUUCGAGAUGUUGGUGCUGCAGAUGAUGGAACCAUCUGGGUGAUUGGAACACAUGACCAUGGCAAUGGAUGCUAUUCCAUCUACCGUCAUACUGGUGGGGAUUCAUGGGUGGAAGUAGGUGGCUGUUCCCACAGAAUUUCAGUUGGGAGCAGAGACCAUAUUGUCAUUCUGAACUACGCUGGACAAAUCCAUGGAUGGACCCCCAAUGGUUGGGUGCUUAUACAAAGCCCUCCCGCUCGCGAUAUCAGUAUCACCAAAGAGGGAAUUAUGUUUUUGACAGAAUUGGUUUCUGGACAGGUCUGGGGCCUCAUCUAUCGGAAGGCCCCAACAGAUGAUGAUUUUGCGUUGUUAGGAUUUGGAGGAGGAGGAGAGCGAAUCUCUGCUUCAGGACGCGAUAGGGUCACCCUCUGCAACACAUUGGCUGGCAAUCAUCUUUGGAGCAAUGAUGGUUCUCAUUGGUAUACAACAGGAACGUGCGAUAAUGGGGACAUCAGUGUUGCUGCUGAUGGAACCAUCUGGACAACAGGAACACCACAUGGUCAGUCAAGCCCUGGAUUGGCCCAUAGAUCAAUUUCUAUGAAUGUCUCAGCUACAACUUGGGACACCCCAGCACAGGGCAGGUCUGGAAAAGACAUUGCUGCUGUGAACGCAAACAAGUUUCUACUGGUUGAUUCUAGCAACUCGCUCUGGCUGUAUGAAAUACCUUCCUCUGAUGUUGAUUUUACAACAUCAAGACCAACUCCUGCACCCACUGUUUCUCCCGCCCCUUCUUCUUCCCCUUCUUCCACACCUAGUAUUUCGCCAUCAUCAUCCCCAUCAUCCUUGCCCAGUGGCGUGCCAUCCAUAUCUCCCUCUGUUGUGCCUAGUUUUGAUCCAAGUGAAUCCCCGAGUUAUGUUCCUUCUAUGCAGCCAUCAGACAGGCCAUCCCAAGUCCCAAGUUUGAGCUCUGUUCCCAGUUCACAACCAAGCUCGUAUCCAUCUACUUUACCCUCAUCCAGCCCAUCGUUGAUUCCCUCUGGUGUUCCUUCUGAAAAUCCAACGAUAGCUCCAACCUAUGCUGCAUUUGCUUCCACCGUGGAGCAACGGUGGCAAUCAGAGUGGGGGAGCAUCAAAAUGUUUGGACCCCAUAAAACGAAGCCACUGGAUGGAGGAUGGAAUUCUGCAGAAGACUUCUGCAAUUCUAAUGGAGGAACUUUGGCCUCUCUAGCACAGAUUUGUCCUCCUUGGAAAUCUAAUGCUGAGCCUGUCAACGGGAUUCAAUCGGCAAAAGGUGACCAAUGGGCUCCUAUUGGAGACAGAGAAGGUCAAUGGGUCAAUGUUGGAAGUAGUAAUCAGUACCCUGUUUGUACCAAGCAUGGUGGAAGCGCAGGCCACGGUCAUGCUUUGGGCUGGGGGAACUAUGUCUAUUGUGCCCCAAGCAAUUGGUACAAGUUCAGUGGAAUAAAGGUUAAAGAUGUGGAACAAACAAUUCGAGACGUUGAUGCUGCAGAGGAUGAUACUAUCUGGGUGAUUUCUAACUACAAAGUAAUGACUGACUGCUACAGCAUCCAUCGAUAUGUUGGAGGUGACACUUGGGAAGAAGUCAGAGGAUGUGCCAAUGGCAUUUCAGUUGGCAGCCGCACUAAUAUCAUUGUAACCACCACCGACGGGGAGAUUCACCAAUGGACUGGUCACGGCUGGAAAUUGAUCAAGAGCCCUCCUGCCAGAGAUGCAAGUAUCACCAAGGACGGAAUUAUCUUUAUGGCACAAUUGGUUUCUGGACAGGUCUGGGGCCUUAUCUAUCGCAAGGCUCCAACAGAUGAUGAGUUUGUGUUGUUAGGAUUUGGAGGAGGAGGCGAGCGAAUCUCUGCUUCAGGACGUGACAGGGUUGCCCUCUGCAACACAUUGGCAGGCAAUCGUCUUUGGAGCAAUGGAGGCUCCCACUGGUAUCAAACAGGAAGUUGCGAUAAUGGGGAUAUCAGUAUAACUGCUGAUGGAACCAUCUGGACAACAGGAACACCACAUGGCCAGUCAAGCCCUGGAUUACCCCGUAGAUCAAUUUCUAUGAGUGCCUCAGCUACAACUUGGGACAAGCCUGUGCAAGGCAAGUCUGGUACCAAAAUCGCUGGUGUUCAUGCGGACAUGUUUGUGAUGGUUGAUACUGCUGGAACUCUCUGGCAAUAUAAGGUCCCGAUCAUGCCUAGUCAAGCAGGAAACAACCCCCUGUUUGGACCAAGCCAGACAUCCAAUGUCAAAACGUUUGAGCAAGCAAAGGAAUUCUGCCAGUCCAAAGGAGGAUCCCUUGCCUUCAGCACAGACAUCUGUCCUACUAUCGAUAAUUGGAGCAAGCACAAUAUCAAGGCUCGAGAUGUUGGCGCCGCAGAUGAUGGAACCAUCUGGGUGAUUGGAACACAUGACCAUGGCAAUGGUUGCUAUUCCAUCCACCGUCACACUGGAGGAGAUUCAUGGGAGGAAAUAGGUGGCUGUUCCCACAAGAUUUCAGUUGGGAGCAAAGACCAUAUUGUUAUUCUGAACAGGCACAGACAAAUCCAUGGAUGGACUCCCAAUGGUUGGGUGCAUAUACAGAGCCCUCCUGCAUGGGAUGUCAGUAUUACUAAGGAUGGAACCAUCUGGAUGACAGAAUUUGUGUCUGAACAGGACUUUGGCAGGAUCUAUCGCAAGGCUCCAGUAGAUGCUGAUUUUGUAGAGUUCGGAGGCGGAGGACAGCGAAUAUCUGGUUUAAAUGCCGGCAAGGCUGUUCUUUGUAACACAUUGGCUGGCAAUGAUCUGUGGAGCCAUGGUGGUGCUCAUUGGUAUUCAACAGGGAGGUGCGAUAAAGGUGAUGUGAGCGUUGCUUCUGAUGGUACCAUCUGGACAACUGGGGUUGGAACUGGCCAAACGCGUCCUGGUUUGCCUCGAAGAUCCACUGCUUUUACAGCGCAUCAUACAUCCUGGAGUCCUCCUGUCCAAGGCCACUCUGGUGUGAUCAUUGAUGACGGUGGGAACAUUGCUGCUGUGAGUGCCAGAGAGUUCCUUCUUAUUGAUUCCAACCUCAACCUCUGGCAUUAUGAGGCAGACAAGCCCUACUUUGGUAUCCAGUCCAGCGACCAGUGGACUCCAGUUUCUGACUAUGAAAAUGCAUGGAUUCAGGUGGGAACCCAGCCCGGGGGAGCGCCAGCUUGCAGUUUUCAUCGAGACACACACAAUGGAGUGGAUCCUGAUUGGGGGAUCAAGGGUGACAAGAAGAGCUGGGAAUCCAACUACAUCUUGUGCAACAUGGACAAGUUUAUUUUUGGACCUGAAGAUACCUCCAAGGUGAUUGAUUAUGAUGAUGCCAAGCAUUUCUGUUAUUUGAAGGGAGGGAUCCUAGCCUCUUUUGACGAAAUCUGCCCACUUCCUCUUGUGAAAAGACCGUACUUUGGUGCUGCUGGUGGUGUCCACUGGACUCCAUUUGGGGACUACCGCAAUGGCUGGGUUGAAGUUGGUGGUGAUGCUGUGGCUGAUAUGUGUUCCAGACACAGAACAACGUAUGGUGACCCUCGAAUCGGAUUAGGACCAAUGUGGGGAGCAGAAGAUGACAAGUUGGAAGGAGAAGCAGACUAUGUCAUUUGCAAGAUGGAGGGUGUCUACGUGUAUGGACCCAAUGUGACUGCUGAUGUCAAGUCGUAUGCACAAGCCAAGACAUUUUGCGCUGCUAGGCAACUCCUGCUGGCUUCCUGGUCUGAUGUCUGCCCCCCUGAUGGGUCAAACAAACCCUACUUUGACAUCCAGACAGGGGACCAGUGGACACCGGUCUCAGACUAUGACAAUGCGUGGGUCCAGGUGGGAACACACUCCAACAAUGCGCCAAGCUGCAGUUUUCACCGAGACAUACAUGGUGGAGUUGAUCCUAUUUGGGGCACCAGCAAUGACAAGAAAGCAUUUGAAUCGAAUUACAUUGUUUGUACUUCGUGGUUUCACAAACACAGAGAGGCAACAAGUACUGACGUUACUGUGGCCAAGGCUGUAUUUGAGCGACGGGAAAAGAUCAACAAACUCUUCAGCAUCCCAGAUCACCACCUGCAUGGAAGAAUAAGCCGAAGCAUUGCUCGGUACAAAUAUCCUGAUGGCAAACAAAGGAAUUUAUGUGCCUACUCGGAAGAUGGUUACAAUUUUCCCUACAAACUGGCAUACUACAAGAUGUACCCAGAGGAAGGUUCGCUUGAGGUCAAGUACACUACAAAUCUUGAGGAAAUGUAUGCUUCUGAUGACCUUCGAAUCAUGAGACCAAAGCCUGGCAGUGGAUACUUUUCUAUUGGUGACAUCAUAUGGGAUGGAAAAGUGAGCACAACAGAGAAUGGCACAUCUGUUUUGGUCCAUCACAAGCAAGCUCUAUUGGUAAAAGGAAGUGGUUCUGCUCUGAAGAAACCCCUCUACUAUCAGAACAUCUUCAAUGCAUCAAUCGGAGCUGAAAAACAAGCUGAAGGAGUAGGACUGAGCAGUGGCGGAACCAGUGAAACCAACACAGAUUUGAUGUCUGGAAAUGGGACGGUAAACACGGGAGAAGUAGCAACACAGAAGCCGAUCUUGUGGCAUGAGUACAAAGGGGUGACAGUUCGAGAUGUGGGUGCUGCAUAUGAUGGCACUAUCUGGGUGAUUUCGAACUUUACGGUUAUGAAUGAUUGCUACACCAUCCACCGCAAACUAGAAGGAGACACCUGGGAGGAAGUCAGAGGGUGUGCCUCUGGUAUCUCAGUUGGUAGCAGCACUAAUGUAAUUGUGGUUCAGGACAGCGACAUUUUCAAGUGGAGUGGUCAAGGCUGGGAUUUGAUCCCAAGCCCUGCUGCGCGCGAUGCAACCAUCACCAAGGAUGGGACGAUCUUUUUGACUGAAUUGGUGGAUGGGUUAGACCAUGGCGAUGUGUGGCGCAAGCGCCCGUCGGAUGAUUUUUUUGUGAAGUUUGGUGGAGGUGGAGACCGAAUUGCUGCUUCAGGGCCCGACAAGGCGGCCCUGUGUAACAAAGAUUUCCUUUGGAGUCAUGGAGGCUCCCACUGGUACGUCACUGGGAGUUGUGAUAAUGGCGACAUCAGCAUUGCUGCAGAUGGAACCAUCUGGACAACGGGAGUGGGAGAUGGUCAAAAAGGUCGUGAAAGUGCUGGAUUGGCCCGCAGGUCUACCAUCUCAACAGCCAUUGCAACCAAAUGGGCUGAUCCCAUUCAAGGACAUUAUGGUGUGAAGAUUGCAGCCAUGAGUGCAGUAGAGUUUGCGCUGGUCGAUUCAGACAACAAGUUAUGGCGAUAUGAGAAUCCAGGUCUACGAAUUCCCAAGACUGGUAAUACUCAAGUUUUUGGGCCACAAGAAACUGGAGCUAUCAACAGCUAUGAUCAAGCACAGAAGUUUUGUGAGAUGAAGGGAGGAACGCUUGCUUCCAGUACCGACAUUUGCCCCUCUGGCAGUUCGAGCUGGCCUUACUUUGGCAUUCAGGACGGUGAUCAAUGGGUACCUGUAUCAGACUACCACAACGGGUGGAUCCAAGUUGGAUCGCAUCCAGUGGUUUCGACGUGCAGUCUGUACAGGGACACAUAUGGAGAUCCUGAUUGGGGUCUUGAUGGAAAUGGGAAGAAAGCGUGGGAGGCCAACUAUAUCCCUUGCAACAUGAAGAUAUUUGUGUAUGGUCCCACUGAAACGGCAGGAGUCAAGAGCUAUGAUCAAGCACGGGACUUCUGUGUUGCAAAGGGAGGUUCACUACCGGCCAGUUCUGAUAUUUGUCCCUCAGAUGGUUCUGAACUUUGGCGGAAGGAGUGGGGGGAUAUCCACAUGUUUGGGCCCAGCGAAACCAGUAGCCUGGCCAUUGGGUGGUCUGCAGCACAAGACUUCUGCAAUUCCCGUGGUGGAACCCUUGCCUCUGUCAAGGAUAUUUGUCCUCCUGAUGGUGCUACCAACUCCACACCCGUCACUGGGAUUCAGUCAACAUCCGCUGAUCAGUGGGCACCAAUUUCCGAACGCGAGAAUCAAUGGGUAAAUGUGGGAAGUGGUGGUCGGUUCCCUGUUUGUACCUUUCACGGUGGCGCGGCUCCCGAGAUCACUGGACAGGGCCGUCAUCAUGGGUGGGGAAAUUACGUGUUCUGUUCUCCGCAUCCUAAGGGCUGGUACAAGUACCGUGGUGUUAGUGUUCGCGACGUGGGUGCUGCAGAGGAUGGUACCAUUUGGGCGAUUGGCACCCACGACUACAUUCCUGGCAAAGGCUGCUACAGCAUUCACCGGCACACAGGUGGAGAUUCCUGGGAGGAAGUAGGCGGAUGUUCACACAGAAUUUCAGUUGGAAGCAGUACGAACAUCAUUGUGCUGAACUUCCAUGGACACAUUCAUCAAUGGACACCACGUGGUUGGGUUUUUGUGGAGAGUCCUCCUGCUCGUGACAUUAGUAUCACCAGGGAUGGAACUAUUUGGUUGACGGAGAUUGGAGUGGGUCAGCCUUGGGGUCUUGUGGAUCGCAAACUACCAAAUGAUGUUGCCUUCAGGGGCUACCUUGGAGGAGGGGGAGACCGCAUUGCUGCUGCUGGCCCUGAUGUGGUUGCUGUCUGUACCACCGGAGCAGGAGAUUUACUUUGGGUUAAUGGUGGUUCCCACUAUUAUAUUGCAGGAAGUUGCAACAACGGCGACAUCAGUUUCGCUGCUGAUGGAACCAUCUGGACAACUGGAGUUGGAAGUGGUCAAACAAGUCCAGGCCUACCUCGCCGAUCACUUACCUCCACUUCAACUGCUACAGCUUGGGAAGCCCCUGUACAGGGUAGGUCUGGCCGCAACAUCGCUGCUGUUAGCGAGAAUAAGUUUCUGAUGGUUGAUGCCAGCAACAGGCUCUGGCACUAUGAGAUACCCACCAAGAUUGAGCCGAAACUUGGAGCGCUGAGUGGCGGAAGUCACUUUGUUCCCUUUGAUGACUAUCACAAUGGUUGGAUUGAAAUUGGAAGUGAUAACCAAUCACCUGUUUGUACCAAAAAAGCUGAUGUGACCUCAGAGCCGAACUACAUUGUUUGUGAUUUGAACAGGGUUGUUUUUGGGCGAAGCGAAAGUGCCGGUGUCAAAACGUAUAAUCAAGCACAACAGUUCUGCAAAGCAAAAGGAGGGUAUCUUGCUUCCAGUGCUGAAAUCUGCCCCUCUGCUGGUUCUCUGAAGCAAAAUUGGAAAAAAUAUGGUGGAAUGAAAGCAACGGAUGUUGGUGCAGCAGAUGAUGGGACCAUCUGGGCGAUUGGAACCCAUGACCAUGGCAAUGGUUGCUAUUCCAUCUUCCGUCUUACUGGUGGCGAUUCCUGGGUUGGAGUUGGUGGAUGUUCCCACAGAAUUUCAGUUGGGAGCAAAGACCAUAUUGUUAUUCUGAACUACGCUGGACAAAUUCAUCAAUGGACCCCCAAUGGUUGGGUGUUUAUGCACAGUCCUCCUGCUCGUGACAUUAGUAUCACCAAGGAUGGAACAAUUUGGAUGACAGAAUUGGUGGCUGGGUUAGACCAUGGCGAUAUGUGGCGCAAGCGCCCAUCAGAUGGUUCUUUUGUGAGGUUUGGCGGAGGUGGAGACCGAAUUUCCGCUCUCGUUGGGAACAAGGUGGUACUCUGUAACAAAGACUCAAUUUGGGCCCAUGGUGAUGCCGGAUGGAAAGCCACAGGUGGAGAUAUCAGUUGCAAUGGUGGAGAUAUCAGUGUAGCUGCUGAUGGAACCGUAUGGACAACAGGAGUUGACAAAAACCACACAGGUCCUGGAUUGGCGAUUAGGUCAACUGCCUUUACAGCUGACAUAAGUUGGGCCCAACCAGUCCAGGGCCAGUCAGGUGUUAACAUUGCUGCUGUGAAUUCCAGAGAGUUUUUACUGGUUGAUUCCACCAACAAUCUCUGGCACUAUUUUGAAGCAGAUGAGCCCUACUUUGGAGUUCAGUCUGGCGAUCAGUGGACACCUGUCUCAGAUGAUAUCAAUGCGUGGGUGCAGGUAGGGGUCCAACCGUACGGCCUCUCCUUAACCUGCCAGCGUGUCAUCGAAUACUUUGGCCAUGCUCCUGGCUGGGGUGUCAGUGGACUCUGGGAUGGUGCAAACUACAUAGUUUGCAACACGAGGAUGGAUGUUUAUGGCCCCUCUGAAACCUCCAAUAUCAAGUCCUAUGACCAAGCGAAACAAUUCUGUGUAGCUAAAGGAGGAUCCCUAGCUUCCAGCUCUGAUAUAUGUCCCUUGGGUGCAAGUGAAGAUCCCUACUUUGGGAAACAGAUUGGUGAUCAAUGGACACCCGUCAUGGAUUACCACAAUGCGUGGAUCCAAGUGGGAAAACAUCCAUGGCAGGCUCCGACUUGUGCCCUUCACAGAGACACUCAUGGGGGAGUGGAUCCCAAUUGGGGGGUUGACGGAAACAUGAAGCAAUCUUAUGAGUCAAAUUAUGUUGUGUGCAAAUCUGGUGGAGCUCCACCAAGUAAACUGGUGGUUGCUCCAGACAACAAGUUCCACAUGUUUCCAGAACAUCUUCCCGAUAGUUCAAAAGGAUGUGUGGCAUUCAAGACCAAAGCUAAAAUGAACCAAUCUUUCGGCUUGUCAUCUAGAGCAGACCCUGUGCAAGAUCCUACCUUGGACUGGUUGUGGGUUGAGUUGGGGACAAGAUCGGGAGCAAAUUCGUGGUUCAUUACAAACGGUAAUUUUCUGAAUGUCAUUGUCCACAACGACACCAGUUCCGCCAACUACAAGCCAUCAUUUCUGGAUGGGACACUGAAGGACUUUUGGGUGUGCUCUCUGGCAAAAUCAGGAGGGCUCUUGUUUGAGAUGGGAACUGGUCGAGAUCCCUCCAACACGACCUCCAAGUUCAUCAAUGUGUCUCUUCCUGACACAACACCGGGUGAACGGCCUUUCUUUGGCUUCAAGUCAUACAACACCGAAGAGUUGUACAGUGAUAUUGAGGUCAUUGAUUUGAAUGCAGCACCAGCACCAGCGCCAGCACCCAAGAUUGCGGCACGGUAUCUCAGAGGUGAUUUCAGUUCCAACACCAUAGCACCACCAACAAGCUUCCCCAUUGUAUCUACAAGACAACUCAACACCAACAAUGCUACUGACAGCGUUUCCUCUCUCCCAUCUAGUGCUCCACAUGUUACACCACCUUCCCUUUGGAGACCCAUUCCUCCGCCUGGAUACACAUGCCUGGGGCAUGUUUGGACCAUUGACAACACUGAGCCACCCACUGAUCUUGUCCGAUGUAUCCAGACAAUGUAUGUAGAGGGAGUGAAGGACCCAAAGUAUCAGUGGGACAGCCAAUCAAAUUUUGACUUUGAUGAGCUGACGUUAUGGGAGGCCACACAGACGAAAACAACCAUCUCGCCGGGCACGUUCAUUUCCAGGGCUUGUGAGGCUUGCGAUGCGCCUUUGGAAGAGUUUUAUGCACUGAGGAAGGAGUGUAUUGUGGGCCAUGGUUCCGUACCAUUCUGUGCCCAGCCUGGCACUCCGUGGAAAGUAGAAGUUGCAAACCAAACCAAGAUUGAUGUCCCAUAUGCCAAGCUUCAACCAUGUGGCUUCCAGCAAGAAGACAAACGGAUCUAUGGCCGGCAAGACAACCCAGAUAAAGAGUGGGAAAAUUAUGCAGUUGAAUUGUACAACAAGUCUGGAUUCGUCGGUUGGAAACACCUUGGGGCAUCAGAAAGACUUGGAAAGCCGUUUUGUUUGGGCUCUUCUGCAUUUGGCAAUUCCACUUUCAAGAAUGAUUUGUUCAUGACAGACAUCCCAGCAGAAGGCCGUAUCAUCGAGGAAAGUGUCAAGAACAUCACCGAAGGGAUAAAUGGCAAAUCCUUGUCAACCAAGAUUGCGGGCGAUUUCGUCUUUCUUUUCCCCUGCUCUGAAACAAACCCAGUGGUAGAGAUGAAGAAGAAGCUUUCUGAUGCCGCAGCUGAAGCAAGCAUGGAUGGAAGUGUGGAAAGUGGCCUUGUCAACAUUGAUGAGGAUCUGGGAGAAGCAGCUAGGCAUUGCAACCAUGCGGAUAUGACGUGUAAAGCAAGAUCACCAUGGAGAGAACCACACAUUUGCGGUGAGAAAGAGGAGCCAACUGAAUCUGGACAAUGCCGUUCUGUUGACAAUUGCUUCUAUCAACAGUGCAAAGGGUACAACGAAGCGGUGUGCGCUAAAGAUGAUGACUGCAUUGGGGAAUCAAGAUGCCAUCAAGAUGGAGAUAAAAAAGUUUGUGGAGGGCAACUCAAAAUUACAAUCAAGGAGAGUUCUAGGACGCUGCAACGAGCUGUUCCAUAUGGAAUUGGCCAAGAUGGUGUUGGGAAGUAUGUUGUUCUUGAUCAAGGUGCAAGUUUACUCUUGGUUGGUAAUAUCUGGAAAGCUUUUUCACUGGGCAGCGAAUAUACCAUUACCGAGGGCACUGUGUUGGAAUUUGACUUUGAACAUAGGAAUGAGACCGAGGGCCAUGCAAUCUGUGUUGACGAAGACACGAACGAAGAUGUUGAAAUUGACGGGCAGCAUCGUUGUUUUAUGCUGGCAGGAACAGAAGGAGAACCAUCAUGGUUCGAAACCUGGAAGAUUCCGAGGGAGGGUGACAAGAGAGACAGCUGGAGGGCACCUAAUUCGAAGUUUCACUACAAAAUCAAGCUUGGAUCUGUCUCCGAGGGGCCAUCCAAAGGAAAGUCAUACCUUCCGCACAACACCAACAUGAAAUACAUUGCCUUGGUUCAGGACAACGAUGCUGAUCCCGAGGCAGGGAUGAGCCGAUUCAGCAACAUCAAGUUGUAUGAUGAAGCCGUUUCGGCGGGAGCUAAGGGGAUUGCUACAAGCAUCUGCAGUCAAAGGCAAACGAUUAAUGGUUUCUAUAAGGACAACAUUGAAACCCCCACCGACUUUGGGGCCACAACACAGACCAUCAUGCGUUACAAUGAUGGGAAUCCACCAUAUGCGCGUUCAUCUUUGUGUCCCUACUUUGACGCUUAUGCCCCAACUGAGCUCAACUACAAAGUCCAGGCUUACAACAUUGAAUCGACGGAUUUCCUCGAUGUACAGACAAAAUCAGCUACUGAACAUGUGGUCUAUUGGAAAUUGCAUGACAGGGGAUUCCGUGUAUUGAGAGUCUCUGACAGGGAACUUCCUCCUGGGUACUUCAGGCUUGGUGAUGGCAUUAAUACUGACUUUGCAAGAUCUAAAGCAAUGGCUGUGGCCAAGGGUGGCGGCGAUUCCCUUGCAGCUCCCAUUGCCUACAUCCCCUAUGCUGAAUGUUGGGCCCAUGGAAUCUUUUGGUGUGUUGUGUGGUUCCCUAUUUGUCCCAAUGGCUAUGUGGCUCUCGGAAAUGUUUGGGCUGACUGGCCACACUAUCGUCAUCCAACCCAAGAUUAUAUGCGAUGUGUAAAAGAAAAAUUAGUCGUUUCAUUGCCUUGGUGGUAUGGCCUCCAAUGGAGCCACCAAUGGAAUGGAGUACUACACUAUAGCGAGAUGACAUACAAUUACUGGCCUGACCUUGUAAUUCUUCCCGGAACUCAUACCUACGGGUGGCACGGAAACCUCUACAUGUUGUGGAAAUCAUGUACACAAUAUGGUGUCUGGCCGUAUUGCAGUGACAAGAUCUCCAUGUGGCCGGAUGAUGAGAGGGACUUUGUGGUUCCUUACGCCCAACUCAAGCCAUGUGAUUUCCAUGAUGAGCACAAGGCACUCUACAGCGAUUCAUUGCAUGCACACAAUAACUGGGAAAACACUGCUGUCGAGCUCUACAAGGACCCCAUUACUGGGUUUACUGGCUACAAACAUCUAGGUGCAUCAAGGAGAUACGGGACUCCACAUUGCCUUGGAACUGACAUUUUUGGACUGUCAAAUCCACUGACAUUGAAAUACAUGCCUGUUCAGGGAAAUGUGAACACCCAUCAGGCCUACAACCAGAUGAAUGGGCAUUACCGGUAUAAUUGGUUUCCAGGAGCCGACUUUGUCUUCCUUUUCGAGUGCUCUAAGCAUGACGAGAUUAGGAAUUACAAGUCGGUCAUUGCUGCCAGUGCAAGAACUUCGUCAACACUACGGAGGGAUCUCGUAAACUCUAGAGAAGAUCUUGGAACCGCAGCCAAAUUUCCUUACCUCGCCUGGAGCAAUCCCCACUUCUGUGGCUGUGGAGAGGAACCUAUCAAAACAGGCACAGGAUGUCAGCAAAUGGAUACCUGCUACUACAAACCUUCUGUCUGCCCGGAUGAAGUAAACCACGCCACAUGUGCUGCCGAUUAUUCAGCUUGCAAGUGUAAGAAGGGAUACGUUGGCAGCAAAUACGGUGCAAAUGCUGUUUCAUCGGGUUCUGGGAACACAUGUAUCCUCGCUGAAGAUGCAGACAGUCAAAAUGAGGUCUCCUUUGAUUCUUUUGAUGUGGUGAUAAAGAAGAGAGGCUUGUCCAGGGUCAAUGUCAAGAUGCUUCGAUAUGACACCGACGACCCGGACAAAGCACCAGAAGUAGUGAAGAAAUGGGACUCGACGGUGCAGAAUGUGGUUGCAUUGGAUCCUGCCAAGGAUAUUUAUAAGACGACCUUUAGUGGUCUGCGCCCUGGAACAAAGUAUCAGUACACAAUCCGUGAUUUUUCAAAUACUAGCGAUGUGUUCUUCGAAAAUGCCCACCAAGUGACCUACUGUUGCUGUGACUGUGAAGUGUCCACACAGCACGAUGACACCACCGGAAGGCCGAUCGAUAUCAGGAUCCAUCAAGUCCUUGGUGUGGUUACGUUUGAAUUCGUGGAUAAUUCACGAUGUUCAGAAGCUUAUGCAUUCACUAGGACGGAAGUGGGUGCUGGAGAGUUUGUGAAGGCAGAUGCGAGUCUUAAGCAGACCUUCACUCCGAACUUCGCCACGUUUGCAAAGGAAAAGUGCACAAAGUCUCCAGUCAAGCCAGGAACCAAUGCUGCUGAUGAUCUCAAGUUCUCAAGGCUGCAGGUAUCAGAGCCCUACAGAUACUGCAUCAGGGCUGUCGCAGAGCGCUAUGCGGCUGACUCUCCACAUUCCAGUGAUGAUGCCUGCAAGAUCCACUUUGUAAGGUGGCAAGCAUCAAUCAAAGGGCGAAUUGUUACAGACCAAGGAAAGGUGCCUGUCGAGGACGUCAAAAUAUCCUGGCAGUUGAUGAACAUGGAGCAAACUGUUGUCCUUCAUGAAGGCACUGCCACAACAAAGAAGCCAGGGAAAUUCAAGAUGGAGUUUGAUGUGGAUGACAGCAUCAACAAGUUUCUCAAUCGUGAAAAUGCUUUUCCGAUUCGCAUCACAUUUGACAAGAAGACUGAAUUGGCUGGGAGUGAUCCGAUUGUCCAUGAAUUUGUUUGUGAAGAUGGGACUGUUGAUUGCUCAGGAGAGGAUGGCGUCGUUGUCGAUCUGAAGCAUCUUGAGUUCGAUGAACCCUUCGAGGCCCGGGACAAGACGUCUGUGCCUAUCAAAGGAAGAGUAUCAAUCAUGGAAUAUGGUGGCUGCCCAUUGAUUGGGGCAGAUGUUUGUGUGGCACAGAAACGACCAAAUUUCCCCGAUGUCCAGGGGGCCUGUGUUAAGACUGAUGGUGCUGGAAACUUCAAUCUGCCAGCUACCAUUGGGACCACAGUUGGAGUUAAAGUAGCCUACUUUGAGCAUAUGAUUGUGAGGGCUCCAGAUAAUGUUCUGGAUUAUGAGAAGGGAAUGUUCAUUGACCCCAAGAGGCGUUAUGUUGGAAAUGACUUUGUCGACAUUCAGAAGGCACCCCUCUUUGUCGAGAUCGCCGGAGGAGAGUGUGAAUUACGGUUGGGCAGAAGCAAGAUUGAAGUGGAUGUGUGUGACUCACAGCCUCCGAUCGUGUUACUGCAAGGUCAGUGGAAGCAACAACAUUCGCUCCCAGCCCAUGUACUAGAUGUCCGAGUUCUUGAAAUAAGAGACGAUAGAAACAAGGAGAAACCACCACAGAAGCUACAUGACAUCACCAAGCACUUUUUGGACAAGACUCAGACCAAGGCCGUUGAUCUUCGUGAGGAAGUGGCAAAGGAGCUAGAAGAAAAGGACAAAAAGGCUGCACCCAAGGAUGAAUCAGCAGUAGGAGAGGCUGAGCCAGACGCUCCAAAGAAGCUUGUCCCCGAGCUUCGCUUUCAGUAUGAUGGUACAUUGGAAAGUGCAUUCACAUUUGGCGGAGUGGACUUGCGCAACCCCAAACAGUGUCCUGCAGACAAUGUAUGGCCGGAGGCUUUGGUGAAGAAGCAAGCUGGUACUACCUACUCUCUCCACAUCACGCCAACAGGUUCAUACUUCAGGCCUGUUGUGACUCUCAGAUACAAGCUAAUGACGGACAUGUACUGUGAUGUUGUUGGCGACGAUAUCGAGGUUGAAUUUGAGAACACUGUGGGAAUUGAUGCCAAGUGGGCAGACUACAAGAAGAGUCUCAAGGAAGAUGAAAUCAAACAGUAUGAGAUUUGCGGUCCUCAAAACACUUGCAAGUACAAGGUUGAUCAUACCAACACCAAUGAGGUAAAAUCGAAUGCACGUGUGACUCCCAAGGAUUCAAAGGGAAACAAAAUCAAGUUUGUGGUUGGGCGCCCGAGGGUUGACUCUCCUUACCGCAAGACAUUCAAAGUCAAGGUGACCAAGCAGGGUGUACGCAUCUUGACUCAUGUCGCUGAGAUGGUUGUAACAGGUGACUACAAAUUGGGAGAAGGAAAAUCCUUUGCUCUUCCAACCUAUGAACCAAUUCUGAUUCUACGGGAUCCCCCAGGGGGGCUUUCACAGGCAUCCUAUGAGAAUGUGCAGACGACCAUGCGGGUGAAAUCAGCAGAAUUUGAGCGGCUGGAGGACCUUUCACACAACUCUCGACUACACAUUGGAGCCGACAUUGACGCCGAAAGUUGUGCUGGCUUCGGGAUCGAAAUUUGUCUUAAAACUUUUAGCUUGUCGGGUGAUGGCAUUGGUGGUGGGUUGGACAGCGAUGAUGUGACCUAUCAGAUGCACAGGGAAGAUGUUUUUACUGCAGAGUAUACAACCACCUGGAGCUACGCAACAAGCGACGAUCCAAUGCUUGCUGGACGCAAAUCUGAUGUGUUUGUGGUGCCUAAUUUGAAUGUUUUGUUCUCUGAGACUUUGAAUUUCCAGUGGCAUUCUGAAAGUUGCUCGACCAAUGUGACCACCUCAACGAAAUUUAAUCUGGAAGACAAGAAGAACAAGCCUGCUGUUUCUUUCUUCAGUGUCUACUACCUGGAAACUCAUGUGCUUCCGACCCUGGAGACCAAGGCUCUGGAAUACCUUUACAGGUGGGGGAAUGAAACAGAUUCACAGAACAAGACCAAGCUCAAGUCUCAAUAUGAUACCUUGGAUUAUGCACUGAAGAGUUGGAAUAGCUCCAUGAUAGCAUAUGAUGCCACAAACAACAUGGCAGAGAACCAACUCAUUCCAGCCCGUGAAUGGUUUGACAAAUGGGCUGCAAAGAAAGAUAAAAUCUUUGAUGUUGAUCCUCCUCCAAUGACUGGAAACUUCUUUGUUGACUUUGCCAACAUGGCUGAGUAUAGUCACCUGAAUGCCAUGAAGCCUGCCAUUGCACCAGGAGCACAUUGGGCAAAAUUGACUCCUGAAACACUAACAGAAAGAGCAACCGCAGUGAAGAAUGCUCCGUAUGUCAAGCCCGGGUCGCAAAGUGGCAAGAAGGACCUGACGGAGACCAACAGGCUUCAGUUCAGUGGCGGUGGAGGCACAAUGGAAUUUACAAUGGGCCAUGCCGGUAUUACUGAGCUGAGCCAGCUGAGCACAGGCGAGGACAAUGAAGAAAGCACUUUUGGAGGAACCCUUAGCUUUGACAUGUCUGGUGGUCCUGGAAUUAUGAUUGGUGGCGGUUUUGAGUUGACACAUGUGACAACAAGGUCGCAAGUGUUUAUGGACACCGAUGGAGAAGAAAGAGAGACUACUGUUUCCUUUGUGCUUGGUGAUUUAGACAAGGAUGAUGACUUUGUGUUGGACAUCUUCAUCGACCCCAAAUUUGGCACUUUCAUCUUCAGAACCGUUGCCGGAACCACCAGUGCUCCUUGGGAAGGUCCACCCACGGCACGGGGAGAGGUUAUCGAUCUCAGAGUCGUUCAGAGGCCCAACAAGCCUGUGCUACCAGAUGAGCCAAUGAUUUUCACUCUCACAAUCGCUAACAACGUGAAUGACCGAACAAGUGCUUUUGUGGUCUUCCUCGACCACACCACCAACCCUGACGGCCUAACACACAAGUUGGGAGGCAAUGAUCUGGCAGUCGCCCAUGACUUUGGCCCGUUCAACGGGGUCCGUGUGGUAACAAUAGAGAUUUGGAGGCCAAGUCGAGGAUACCAGUUUACUCCGACACUGAUUCAAAUGCAAGCAGACUGGGAUGGCAUUGGGUCAGAGGCCAAGACCGUGUUGCUACAUAACGACGUCUGUGGCAAUGGAAAUCCAUGUAUCAAGUUUGCAGAGCCAUGUCCAGUGAUGGAGUGGGCCGGAGCUUUGGAGCGAGAAAAGAAGGUUGUUGUGAACAUUGCUAACCAAAGGGAUCCAAUUCCACUCAUCAUUCGCAACCCCAAGAAGGUGGAAGGAGAUCUGGCAAGUCUAGUGAAGGAGACAAGACUUCAAGAAGUCAUUCCUUAUGUCAGAAAACUUGGCGAGGGCGAGUAUGACUAUGGCCCCGCCUAUUUGGAUGUGUCAAAGCAACAGAUAGCCAACUUUACGGCAAUUCCUGCUGCUGCUGGGCAAGAGGAUGACUAUGGCUACGCAACGAUCAACUGGAACUUCCAAAAUGUUCACAUUCCUGACACAGAUUCAGAUGGCCGUUACGAGGUCGUUGUUGAAACACGAUGCCAGGAUUUCCCCAAGGCUCCUGACGGCUUCAAGAAGACGACAACAGAGCCAGUGUUGAUUGUUGUUGAUCGAACAGCUCCCAAGGUGUACGGAAUGCUGCCAGUUCGAGAUGUUGUGGUCCCAGGAGAAGAAGUUUCGAUCAUCUUUACUGAGCCUAUCGUAUGUGAAUUACCUUUGAGGUUUGACCUGGUUGUUCAGGUGGCUGGCAUCAAGGAUGGCACUGGGACUCAAGAUGCAAAAUACACCAAAUUCUCAAACGAUUUGAACAUUGACUGCAAAGAACGGAAGCUUGGAUUCCUGUUCGAUGAGCUUAUGGGCUACAAUGUGCUGAUGGGUCGUGAAAUGAGAGUAUCUGUAACAGGUGUCCAAGACCUGCAAGGAAACAACAUUACAGCAGCCAUUGAGUUCAAAAAGACAUUUGCAAAUCUGGAUGUCAACAAGACAGGCUCAGCUUUUGACAUGACACUGGGAAGUGGACCAUGCAAUAGCACCACCAUCAACCACGCUGAUGCCAAGGUGAAGAUCACGCAAUUGUUGAACUUGGCUGAUCCAACUCGCCUGGAGAUCUUGGAUGUUCGGUGUGAGUCUGCAAAUCAGACGAUGGUUCGGGUUAAGAUGGCUCCAGCGACUCCUAACUUUGGCCGCCAGCUGGGAGAACGGACUGAUUCAGAGGUGGUCAGCUAUGACCACACUCCACUGGGGGCAUUCUAUGCCUUGGCACAGUUGUCUAGAGAAGCCAAUCUAGCAUUGGAUGGUCGAAGGUUGGCAAGUUUCAAUGAUUCAGUCCCUGAACUAUUGGUAGACUUUAGCGGCAAUUCUAUUGACUAUGAGUUCAGUGUGAGUGAUCUGGAAUUGAUCCUCCAUGAAUCUGAUGUACAGCGCUACUCAUUGGAUGCCCCUCCCUCGAUUGAGGAGGAGCUGAUCAUGGCCGUAAGAGAAGGCAUCGAUGACCACAGUUUGAAACAACGGGAGCAAGCCUUGCAGCAACGAGAGCACAUUAUCAGACUUGAGAAUGGAAUGAAGGAGCAGCUGGCAGCGACAGCAGCACAGACGGAGAUCCAAAUAACCAACCUUCAUCACAAGCUAGAUGAGAUUCUGGACCAUGUUUUUGACCAAGGAGUUGGCGAGAGAUUGCCCAUUCGUGAGCGUCGGAAUGGUAACCACAACAAGGUCACCAUCUCAAGCCAAGGUGGUGAAAAGCAAGAUGAAUCCAACCUGGUAGCUCAAAUCCGGUUGCUACAACUUCUGUUUGGCUGUUCUUUGGUGGCUAUUUUUGUGCUGCAGUACAAGAAGAACCAGCUCAUAGCAGAUCGUCAGUGA